UGUUUUGACAUAAAAGGAUUUUAUGAGUGUUUUUGUCAAUUAUUAGUGCUGUGUUGUCAUCUUAAAGGAAUUUAAUAUUUCUCACAGUUACUCGUUACAAUGGUGAUUGACGAGAGUCGUAUUAAAUAUUGGUUAUCUAGGUAUCAAAAUCCCAGUGCUGUCUUUAGAGACAUACAAACUGUUACUACGUAUUAUCAAAGUCUCGUACCAGGACAAGAAACGUACAUGUUUAACGAUGGAAGCACAAAAGAAUUGGUAAAUCUAAGUGGUACAAUUCCUGUUAGAUAUAAAGGAGCAACAUACAACAUACCAAUUUGCAUUUGGUUGGUUGACACAUACCCAUGCAAUGCCCCGAUUUGCUAUGUAAAACCUACUUCUGAUAUGUCAAUUAAAGUCUCAAAAUAUGUGGAUCACAGUGGCAAAGUAUAUAUGCCUUAUCUUAGUGACUGGGCUCCAGCAUCUGAGCUGCUUGGUUUAAUUCAGAUAAUGAUUGUUACAUUUGGGGAACAACCACCAGUAUUUGCAAAGUCAAAGGAUAAUGAACCACCAUAUCCCACAAACUCUUUCAUGCCACCAAUGGGAGGAAACUUUAUGCCUCCAUAUCCUCCUAGUGCUUACCAUUCAUCCACGACAGGCUACACUGGAUAUCCACCAUAUCCACAAGGUUCAAACACUGGCUACCCACCUUAUCCAACUCCUUAUCCUCCAUAUCCAACACCUGGAGGUUAUGGACAACAACCAUCUAUGACACCUGAUAUGACUGCCACUGGUACAAUUAAAGAUGAACAUAUAAGAGAGUCACUUCUCACUGCUAUUGAGGAAAAAUUAUUGCGAAAAAUGCGAGAACAAUUUCAGCAAAAUCAAGCGGAACUGGAUACUCUGAAAAGGACUCAAGAAGAACUUAAACAGGGAAAAGUCAAACUUGAGGGAAUACUCAAUAAAAUGGAAAGGGAACAAAAUGAAUUGGACAAGAACAUCACCAUUCUUAAAGAUAAAGAACAGGAAUUGGACAAAGCUAUUGAAAAACUGAGCAAUCAAGAAUCAAUAGAUGUUGAUGAUGCUGUUACUACCACAGCUCCACUUUACAAACAAUUACUGAAUGCUUUUGCCGAGGAAGCUGCCUUAGAAGAUGCAAUUUAUUAUAUGGGAGAAGCAUUACGUUGCGGUGUUAUCGACUUAGAUAUAUUUCUCAAGCAGGUGAGAACAUUGUCAAGAAAGCAGUUUACGCUCAGAGCUAUUAUGCAAAAAUGCCGUCAAAAAGCCGGUUUAUCUUGCUAAUUAAUUUAUGCAGUUUAUAUAUUUAAAUAUGUAAGUGAUAUUUAAUGUUUUUAGAUUAUAUAUUCACCAAUAUUUUAAAAAAUCAAUAUUUUAAUAGUAAUAAAGUUCUAUAAUCUUCACUGUUAUAUAUUAAAAUAAUAAAAUAAUUGAAAGUAAA